AUGAUGAUGCUGGCGGUGGGGGACCCCGGCCACCCGGGGGGCUUCAGGCGGGAGCGUUUGCUGCAGCGCGGCUGCGGCCGGGUGGACCCCUCGGACAGCUCCGAUGGGACGGUGCCGGGGCCCCCCGGGACGGCGGCGCCCCCCGGCACGGCGGCGCCCCCCGCCAUGCCCGCCGCGGCCCUCCGCCUGCUCUGCGGCGUGCUGCUGCCCGCCGCCGUCCUCCGCGCCGAGCCGCUGCCCCGCGUCGUCUUCGCCGCCGGGGACCCGCGGCGGCCGCUCGCCCGCUUCAGCCUGCCCAACGUGUCGCACUACGACGCGCUGCUGCUGCGGGAGGACGAGGAGGAGCUGUACGUCGGGGCGCGCGACCGGCUGCUGGCGCUGGCCGUGGGCCGCCCCGGCGCCGUCCUCGCCACGGCCUCGGUACCGUGGGGCCCCACGGCGCAGAAAGCCUCCGAGUGCGCCUUCAAGAAGAAGAGCCAGGAGACCGAGUGCUUCAACUUCAUCCGGGUGCUGGUGGCCCCGAACCGGACCCACCUGUACGCGUGCGGCACCUUCGCCUUCAGCCCCGCCUGCGCCUACGUGCGCCUGGAGAACUUCACGCUGGUGCCCGGCGGCAGAGGACAACCCUUCCUGGACGGCAAGGGCCAGAGCCCCUUCGACCCGCAGCACACGCACACGGCGCUGCUGGCGGACGGCGAGCUCUACGCGGGCACCAUGAACAACUUCCAGGGGAACGAGCCCGUCAUCUCCCGCUCGCUGGGCGGCCGCGCCGCCCUCAAGACGGACACCUUCCUGCGCUGGCUCGCAGCCGAUGCCGCCUUCGUGGCCUCCUUCUCCGCGCCGGGCGACGACAAGGUCUACUUCUUCUUCGAGGAGACGGCCGACGAGUUUGACUUCUUCGAGCGGCUGCUGGUGCCGCGGGUGGCCCGCGUCUGCAAGAGCGACGUCGGCGGCGACAAGGUGCUGCAGAAGAAGUGGACGACGUUCCUCAAGGCGCAGCUGGUGUGCUCGCAGCCCGGCCGCUUCCCCUUCAACGUCAUCCAGCACGCCUUCGCCCUGCCCCAGCAGCCCGGGCGCGCCGACUUCUACGCCGUCUUCACCACGCAGUGGCAGGCGGGCACGGCGGGCAGCGCGGCCGUGUGCGCCUACAGCCAGGAGGCGGUCGAGGCCGUCUUCGAGGGCAAGUACAAGGAGCUGAACAAGGAGAGCUCCCGCUGGACCGUCUACGGGGGGCCCGACAUGAGCCCCCGGCCCGGCAGCUGCUCCGUGGGCUCCUCCUCGGACAAGGCGCUGACCUUCAUGAAGGACCAUUUCCUCAUGGACGGGAAGGUUUUGCCCAGCCAGGGGCAGCCGGUGCUGGUGCGGACGGGCGUCAAGUACACGCGCAUCGCCGUGGACGAGCCCCGCGGCGUCUCGGGGGCCACCUACCGCGUCCUCUUCCUGGGCACCGCCGACGGCUUCCUGGACAAAGCGGUGGAGCUGCCCGGGGCGCCCCACAUCGUCGAGAGCAUCCAGCUCUUCCCCGCGGCCGAGCCCGUGAAGAGCCUGCUGCUGGCGCCGGGCAAGGGCCUCCUCUACGUGGGCUACUCCGGCGGGGUGCUGCAGGUGCCGCUGGCCAACUGCAGCGGGUACCGGAGCUGCGCCGAGUGCCUGCUCGCCCGGGACCCCUACUGCGCCUGGGACGGGCACAACCGCUCCUGCCGGCCCGUCCGCCACGCCGGCGCCCACGCCAGCGGCUGGCUGCAGGACGUCGAGACGGGCCAGCCGGCGGCCGCCUGCCACCGCGGGAGGAGCGGGGCGGCCCCCCACGCCGCCGCCGCCGCCGUAGAGACCCUCAGCCCGCCGCUGCACGCCGUGGUGCGGCUGCGGUGCCCGCGGCGCUCGGCGCUGGCUGCCUACGCUUGGCAGCAGCCCGGCGAGCAGCCCGGCACCGCGCUGCUGCCCGACCACACGCUGCUGGUGCUGGCGCGGCGCGGCGCGGCCGGCACCUACCUCUGCCGGGCCACCGAGAACGGCUACACCUGGACCGUGGCUCACUACGUGCUGCGGGAGCCGGCGGGCGCCGGCGGCGAGGACGCACCGGGGCGGGCGCCCGCCGGCGGCCCCCGCCGCUCGUACCGGCGCGAGUUCAUCACGGUGACGGUGCUGCUGGCGGCGACGCUGGCGGCGGCGGCGUGCCUGGCCCUGGGCGCUUGCCGCCGGCAGCUCAAAGCCCGCAGGAAGGUGCGGGGCUGCGGCGCGGCCCCCGCCCCGGGGCGCCCCGAAAAGGCGCCGCUCCACGGGGAGCCCCCGGCGCCCGACGGCCCCCCGGCCUCCCGCCUCCAGCUCCGCGCCGACGCCGAGCAGCUCCCGGCGUAGCGGCGCCCGGCUCCGGCACCCCGAAGCUCCGCCGGGAUGCGGCCGGGGGAUUUUCCGGGUUCCGCGGGGUUGGGACCAGCAGGAGAGGCGGGACGUGAAUGUGAAGCUUUGCUUUGCCUUUUUUUUCUUUUUUUUUUUAAUUUAAUAUAAAUGGUUUAACAUA